AUGGAAACGGAAAACAAAGGAAAAUCGUCGAACGAAGAAAUGGACUCCUCCACGGAGAAUCUGGUGAACCAAAAAUCGAUCGAAAAUUUGACAUCCAUAGAUAACAUAAAAAAUGAAAAGAUAAAUCUGGAGGACAACAACGACAACUAUUUUAAUUACACAGAGGAUGAGAGCCUUGUGAAAAAUGAAGUUCAGUCAAUCCAUAAUGUAUGUACAGAGGCACACCAAAGGAACAUUUUCAGUGAACAUAAUUUGGAAGAUGCGUGUAUCGAUAGUUUCCAGAUGAAUUUAGCCGACAAGGACGAUGCGGAUGAUGUGGACAAUCCAGACAAUGUGACCAAUCCGGACAAGGACUACACAGACGCAGAGGUACAGAUGAGGAACCAACAGGACAUUCUAAAAAUACUGGAAGAUGAGGAUACACACCUGGGGUUGGGAGGCAAUCCCGGGAUGGGGGCCCCUAUCACAGGGCAACAUCUUUCACUACGGUUGGAUGUCCAAUCAGGAGAGAACCUAUUAGGAAAUACAGGUGACGCGGAAAAUGGGAAAAAUGACUCGAUGGCGAUUGGCGGAGAAGACGCAAAGGAGGGGGUGCACAAAGAAGGAGACAUAAAUGGAGAGCCCCUUUCGGCUGGAAGCAACAACCACCAAGUUGCCUCCACUCAUGAGGAGGACCAAGGAGGGGGAGCAGCAGCAGUAGCAACCGCAGCAGUAGCAGCCGCAGCAGGGGAAAACCCCUUCCGAGACGCCGAUGAGGGGGACGACCAACCCCUGAGUCCUUUCCAUGCUCCUAAAGAGAAGGCAGAAAUAAAUAUAAUUCUGAACAAGGAUUUGCUGAAGGCGAAAAAAAGAAAUGACAAAAGUAAAGACAGAUGCAAAGACAGGGGCAAAGAGAGGAACAAAUACAGGAACAAAUUUUUCCGUCUCUUCCGAAAGAAGGAUUGCCCCAAUAAGGUGAAGCCCCAAGACAUGUCCAUGAAUGAGGUGGCUUCUCUUAUCGAAGGCGUAGGAGAGCGUCGCCGUUCCAGUAGCACCAACGGAAGCAGUGGAAGAGGGUAUAUCCAACACAAUCUCAGUGGAAGCUUCAAUGAGUACAAUCGAGACCCCUGGAAGGGGGGCUUCAAACAGGGGGGCUUCCAAGAGGGAGGCUUCCAACAGAGGGACUUCCAACAGGGGUCCAGCGCCGGAAAAGAUGUCACCAGUGGGGCACCCAUCCCGAUCCGAACCCCAACGGGAGAAAUACACCAAGAGGGGGAGAACCAGGGGAAGGAACCCUUCUUCCAGAGAGAGGACCAAAACAUCGUGGCACCCGUCCCGAAAAGUCGUACGUGCUCCAUCAAGACAGACGACAACCUCAUCAUGGAUCUACAAAAUGAGCAUAUCGAAGCGAUCGAUUUGGAGGCAAACAAAGGAAAUAUCGGCACAAUAGACCCAAUGGCGACAUUCAGAUCGAGGAACACAUAUCCCCCGGCAAGGGAACAAAAACGUUCGUGCGAAUCGAUCACCAGAAAGAUUUACAGUUUGGAGAAAAUCAAAUCCUUCAUGUCUAAUAACACCUUUUUAAAAGAUAAAAAAUCUUUUCUCCAAAAAAAGAAAACACAACUAUCGAAGGAGUUAAAUUUUUUUUGCCAUCACUACAACGUCCUGUUGUGCUUCUUCCUGUAUAUUAUCUGCUUCGCCUUUGUUACGUCCUCUAUCUGUUACGACUCCUGGAAGGUGCACGAAAUGGAACUAAAGUCAGAGAACACCGAGAAGGCGGUGCACAUAGACAUCGGUGCAACGACGAUCAGACGGGUGGAAAAAGUCUCCAAACAAAACGGAGACGUGACUCUUUCGAUUGACAAAGAACAAACCAUGGAGUCAUUAAUAGCCAACGAAAUAUGCAAGCCAGUUACGAAAGAGGAGUUGGAGAAUUUCCUAAUAUCCCUGGCCUCUAACAACAUGCUAAAGUAUGAACAGAAUCUAAUUGAUCCCACAAAAGGGAAAGUAACGGAUGAUUUCCUCCUAGAUGGACUGAGAAAUCCGGCAGAUGUAGGACUACUAAAGGAUGAUAAACUUGUCUUAGCACGGAAACAUAUUUUCGGACCAACCAUCUACAAUCUCGAGUGCAAAUUUCUAGCCAAAAUAAGGAAGGCAGGUACAUAUCAUAUGAUUCUUCUUUACGCAAUAUUAUUUUUUCUAUUAAUACCCAUCUGCCUUCUGUUCCAUAUUCUCUUCAAUAACAAAAAAGAGAAGAACGUGCUGCUGCUUAAGUAUAUCUCCUUCGUCCUUGUCAAUCUGGCACUCAUCACGAUGAUUUCCUCUCUCUUCUCUGUUAACCGAGCGUACAACAUCCCCUUGUGUGUUAUGAAUGAUGGCAGUUCAGACAUCUGUGAGGAUGGCACCUCCAUCCACUUAAUUCGUUCGUCCAUCAUUUUGUUAAUUUUUUCGAAUUUGUUCUUCUGCAAGUUUGUUAAUGUUCUUCGCAAGAGGAGCAGCACUCUCACGGAAUCCCUCGGCUGA